ACCAUUCCUACGCAAUAUGUUUUCUUAGACCUAUACUGAAAAAAAUUAAACAAAUAAUCAUCUACAAAAAUAUGUGAAAUUAAGGUUUUACAUAUUCCUUCUGUCUCGAAAUCAGUUUUGAAACUUGUACUAAAAAAUACAAAUAUGAUAACUCAAGUAAAUGACGAAGGAGUAAUAAUUGGUUUCUAAAAUUACUUUAGGACUAAAUUUGUCGCAGCUGAUAGAUGUUAGCUGUCUUUUUCAUCCCCACCGAAAGUAUAAAAGGAGAAAAAGAAAAAGAACAAAAACAAAACGAGAACACACACACAAUUAGCUCUGGUACAUUUAUUUACCUUAUUACCGGUGGAUCAUGAGCUAUGGCCGACUGUGGUGCAAUCGUGGUUUAAACUUAGGACGGUGGUCUCAGGCCGUCGGUACACUCCCAGCAAAAGUAAGUUGCUUGGCAAUUUUUAAUUUGAUCAACAAAUUCUUUUCUUUGUUUUUUUUAAAAAAAAAACAGCAAAGAAGAGAAAUGCCAUUUAUUCCAAGAUCCAAUUUUUAUUUGUUUCUUUGUGUUGUUUCUCUUAUUUGGCUUUCAUGUGAUUGAUGGAAACAAUUUUAGGACUCAUAUUCUGUUCGUAUCAGAUGUUUCAAUAAAGUUUGUCUUUUUAAGAACUUUGAAAAACCGAAUAGAACUUUUGGCCACCAAAGGAUAAUAAAUUUGUUAAGAGAAUACACCUUUUGGGUUGUUCUUAAUUUCUUAAUAGAACUUUUUGGGUUGUUGUUGUUUGCUUGCGAUGAUUUUUGUUUGUUUGGGGAACACUUUAUAUAUAUUGAUGAUUGAAUGCCUCUACUUUUCCCCCCUCCUCCUGCAAAGUGAACAGCAUUGGUUUCGUAUUUUUGCAAAAUUAGUUUUUCCUGUGAAGUUCCUUGAAUGCAGUACUUCUAUUGUUGCUUUGACCUUCAUGGAAUCGUUUUUUUGACAUGAUGCGGUUAGGACAUAGGUUUGUGUGUGAUGUUGAAUAAAGCUCAAAGCUGUAAGAACUUUGAGAAACAUUCUACUUGCUCCGAGUUUAUAGAACCUUUGCCUCUUAGUAUGUAUGGCAUCUGUGUUUUGGUUGCAAAUAGUUAUAAUCGCUGAAAGCUCUUCUCUUGAUGGCCAAGAUGGUGACAUCUGACUUUCAACCGAUAAAAGUUUGUUAAGAAAGAGCAGCAACUUGACUGGAUUGGUCAGCUCCCAGAUGAGAUUCUUGACCACAUCCUUUCUUUUUUGACGCUUGAAGAUGCUGCAAGGACAAGUGUACUCUCUGCACAUUGGAUAGAUCUUUGGUUGUGUUGCUACGCUCAAUUUUGACUCCGUAGAAAUAUGGAGAGGGAUAAAAGGAAUGGUUAAGCUGCCUAAUUAUGCGAGCUUACUUGAGACAAGUCGUCACAAUUAUGUUGAAUGGGUUAACAAGGUGUUGGAAUCACACAAUGCCCUUGUUUUGGAUGAAUUCAGAAUUCGCUUUAAUCUGAGCAAAUCUUGCAGAUAUGAUAUUGAUAGAUGGCUUCGGUAUGCGUUUGCUAGGAGAGUGCGCAGGCUAGAGUUGGAUUUGUCAGACUAUGCUAGACCAGCUUGUGGAGCUCAGUAUGAUUUUCCUCAUGACAUACUUGGACUCAGGGAUGGGAAUUCUUUUGAUUCCUGUAGGAACGGCAUCAACUCUGAUGCAAUAUUGUUUUGACUUCAAAUCGCUGAGGACUUUGACCUUUUAUUGUGUAGACGUGUCUUGGGAAGUUCUCGAUUUUUUUUUUUUUUUGAAUACUUGCCCUUCUCUGGAGCAUCUGCAAGGCAAGCUCAAUGUAUCUGGAAAAGUUUGAAGUUUGUGGUCCAUCUCUUGCACCGAAACAUCUAGAGCUGAUGCACUGUCCCAAUUUGAGUUCCUUCAUUGUUUGUGAUACAAAUAUCGUUUCGCUUAGGACUACUUCAGGUCACUGUUUGGUGCUGAAGAAUGUUCCUAUGCUUGUGGAUGUUUUGGUUGGUGGAUUCAAUUGGCAGACCAAUGCAAAUCCAAGCUUAGUCUAUACUGCUUUUUCCUGGCUCUCUUGUUGCCUGUCAAACUUAAAGGUUCUUAGCUUAAAAAUCAUCGACCCUCAAGUGGA